AAUUGUGUAUAGGGUCUUUAAUAAUUUAUUAUUAUUAUCAAUAUUAUUAUGAUUUAAAAAAAAAACAUAAUAAACGACACUUUGGAGUUUUUUUUUAAUAACAAUUAGCAUAUUCAUCCGGAAAAUUAUUUUUUUCUAAUUUUUUUUUAGCGAUACUAGUACCAUCUUUUUUCUAAACUAUUGAAUUUUUUUUUUAUUUUUAUUUUAUAAUAUUUUUAUUUUUUUUCUUUGUUGUACAUCGGUAUCACCGGCGCCACUGUUGCAUCAUCUUGUGUUUCUCUCUGUCACACAAAAAAGUAUAGCCCUUUCUUUAUCCUAUUCUCCAAAACACUCUCUCCAAAAAAUCCUUCCAUUUUUCAUUAUUUUUCGACACGACUAAACGUUUAUUUAAAAAUAAUAAUAUUUAAUUAUUAAAAUAACGUAACAAUAAUUAAAUAAUAUUUAGAUAAAUUAAAAAAAUUAUAAUUAUUAAUUAUUAAACAAAUCAACAGUUGUCAAGUGACAUAAAAUAAUUAAUUAUCAAUUAUUUAUUAAAAGCGUUACUUUAACCUACCUUGAUAUUUGAUACCCACGUUGUUUAUACGUUUGUACGUUGUGUAAAAAAAAAAAAUCAUUGAAACAUAAAAAUGAGACGUUCACGAAUGAAAAUAGCUCCAGCAGUGCCAAUUAGAAAAAAAUUAAUUAGAGAUGUCGUUAAUAAUAAUCCUGAUGCACAAUCAGUAGCUGAUGAUAAAAAAAGUCUUGAAAUUAAAACUGAAUUAUUACAACAAUGUGAUAUAUUAACAAAGGAUGAUAUUAAAGUUGAUGUUGAGGUAGUACCUAAUGAAGCUGAUAAAGUUGUUGAUACAUCAUCAUCAUCAGCAGCAACAACAGUUAAUACAACACCUGAACAAGUUGUUGAUCCACAAAAAUCUCCAUUGGUGACAAUUACAGAAGCUGCUGUUUCACUAUUAGUAUCUGAUGAUAAAAAAACUGAUGAAAUUGUUUCUGAAACGUUGAAACAACCUGAUGCAAUAAUAAAGGAUGAUUUAAAAGUUGAUCUUGAAGCAGGACCUAAUGUAGCUGAUGACGUUAUUAAUACAUCAUCAUCAUCAACAGUUAACACAAUUGAAAAAAUUAAUGAUACACCAAAAUCACCUGAAAAAUUGCCUUCUCAAUCUCCAGUCAAAGAAAAUAUAUUUGAAAGACCAAAAUCACCAGUUAAAGAAUUUAAAGAAUUAUCAAAGUCUUCAACAGUUACAACAGUACCAAAAACAAUUGACCAAACAUCACCAGUUAAAUUCUUCACAAAUAGAACUGGAUUUGUACGACCAUCACCAAAAUUCGAUGGACCAAGUAGAAUCAGAAGAAAUAGUGUACAUGGUAGUGGUGCAAGUGCCAGUGAAUCAGAGGAUGAUUCACGUCGUCAAAAUUCAACUAUUCAAAAAAAAGGAAAAAAUGAUAGUGAUUCUACAAGUCAAGCUGAUAAAGCAUCAAUAAAUAAUGAAAAUAAUAAUAAAUCAUCAGAUUGUUAUAAUAAAAAUGGUAGAAAAAAGAAAAAAAUGGUUGUAUCAGAAUCAGUAAGAAAAUUAAUGGAAUCACGACGUGAAUUUAAUCGUUUAUAUGGUGAUAAAAAGCCACCAGAUACAAAAAAAUUAAAGAUGUAUGAUUUAAUAUAUUAUAAUCCAACGGCAAAUCCAAUGAAAAAGAAAGGACGUGGUCAAGGAAAUACCAGUGAUAAAUCAAAAGAUGCUGAAGAAGAUACUGAUGAUAAAAAUGAAGAAGCUGUUGAUGAUCCAGAAGCAGAAGCAGCAGCAGCAGAUAUACCAGUACCACAAGUUAAAGUUGGUCCAAAUGGUGAAUUAAUAAUUGAUGAUCAAAGUUUAAUUAUAAAAAAUAGUGAUGUUGAUAGAGAACGUGAACGUAUAUCACGUAAACGUGCACUUGUUGAUGAUGAAAGUAGAAUGGCUGGUUUUUAUAAACGCAGAACAAAAAGUAAGGAUUGGGUUAGAAAUGAUACAAUUAAAUUUUAUAAAGCACUUAGUACUAUUGGUACUGAUUUUUUAAUUAUGAAAAGUUUCUUUCCUGAUAGAACUAGACAAAAUAUUAAAAUGAAAUUUAAAAAAGAAGAAAGACAAAAUAAAGAACUUGUAGAUAAAGCACUAUCAACAGGUGAUUUUGAUCUUGAUAAAUUAAAAAAAGAUUUUGAAGAAUGUGAUAAAGAAAAAAAAAUACAAGAAGAAGAAAAAGAACGUUUAAGAUUGAAUCAACAAAACAAAGCAGCAUCUAAAAAAGGAAGAAAAAAAUAUCCAUCAAUGGCUGUAUCAGCUAUACCAGUUGUUGAUGCUGAUGAAGAUGAAGAAGGUGAUGCAAAUAAUAAUGAAGAAAAUAAAAAUAUUAAAAAGAAAGAUAAAAAGAAACCAUCAAAUAUUAAAAAAAAGUACAAACGUAUAAUUAAACCAAAAGAAUCUGAUGAUGAUGAUGGUGAUGAUGAAGAUGAUCAUGAUAAAAAUGAUACAGAAACUACUGGUGUUUCAAAACAAAAAAAAACAAGAUCAGGUAGAUUAUCAUCAACAACAAAAAAAUUAACAUCAAAUUGUCGAACAAUUUUAGAUGAAAUAUUUGAUAAAGAUGAUAAUAUUAUUGAUGAAAAUGCCAAAGAACCAAUUACAUCAAUUGAAAGUAUUCAAGAAUCAGUAACAGAAAUUCAAAAUGCUGUACCAGGAUCAUUUGUUGUUGUUAGUAAAGAUUGUCCAAUUGAACCAGGUAAAAAAUUACUUGAAGUUUAUCUUGUAUCUGAUGCUGAAGCACAAAGUGACUGUGAUCAUGUUGAUGAAUCACCAAUAAAUAAUAAUAAUAUUAUUGAAAAAACAUUAACAGAUGAAAUUACAACCUCAGGAUAAUUUAAAAUAAUCAAAUUAAUUUUUAUUACAAUAAUUGUUUUAUAAUACAAUUUGUACCUUAUUU